CGCGGGGGUUUGUCUGCUACCAUAGCAGCAGCGUAAACAAUCAUCUAUGAGAAAUAUAACACACUGUUUGAUUGUAAGCAUCAAAUUAGUCUGGUAGGGUUUAAGAAACGUUUCGAGCAGUAACAUUUCAAAACCGCAAGUAAAAAAGUAUUUUUGUAAGUCAGAGUGUGACAAUUUGUAAUUUUUUAGCCAAUUUAUUUUGAGAGACAUACAGACAGCCACACUUUCUGUGCUCAAGCUGUAACUAAUGGCUGGAAAAGUUCUCUGUGAGGCAACAAAACUGUACAACAUCCUAAAUCAAUACACUCGUUUACCAAGGCUUGCAGAGAGCAACUACCUUUGUCUGAUUGAUGCACGUGCAGCAGAAUCAUAUAACUUAAGCCACAUCAUUACUGCUAGAAAUGCAAAAUGGGAUUCUGACCGAAAGUUUAUUAUGCCCAUGGAUGUUGAGAUUGAUAGUAUGAGGCACAUCAUUGUUUAUGACAGCAGUACACUUUCUCUGUUAGAUUCAGGACCAGCCAUAGACUGUGCAGACUGCUUGGAAAAAGCGAGCCGCUUUCCUGUUCAGAUUCUUACUGGGGGUUAUGAGAAGUUUUCUGCACUCUAUCCUUUCCUAAGAACGCAAAAGAUUCUUUACAAUAUUAGGGAAUUGGAGAGCUUGAAUCCCUAUCCCGUGGAAAUCUUACCAGGCCAGCUUUACAUGGGUGAUUAUAGACAGGCCACAAACCCUCAAAUCCUUAAAGAUCUGAAGCUGAAUGCACUUGUCAAUGUCUCUGAUGAAUGCAGUCUAAUGUUUAAAAAGGCAAACUGCACUGUCCUACACGUCCGAAUUGCAGAUUCUCCAGAGGCAAAUUUGGCCACUUCAUUUGAGAGAAUGUGUGUUUUUAUUGGUUCACAUAUCAAUACUGCUUCUUCUGUUUUGAUAUUCUCUACUCUUGGGAGAAGCCGAUGCUGUGCUGUAGCAAUGGCAUAUCUUAUGCAUCACCUGAAAUACACACUUAAGGAGGCGUGGAAUCAUAUUCAGCAGUGCAAAGCCAACAUGAGGCCAAAUCGAGGAUUUGUGGAGCAACUUUCUGACUGGGAACUUCAGACUGUUAGGACGAGAGUGACAGAUAUUUCAGAACCCAACUACUGACAAUAACCAAAUUUACCAGAAACAGUGCAUCACUGUGCACAUUCAUAUUUAAUGGCUUGCUACAGCCACUGAUGAAUCAUAGGUUUUUAUUUACAUAUUAAUAAAUCAAAUAAAGUAAUAUUAAAAUGCAACAAAUAAACUACUUCCCAUAAACAUGUUGUAUAGACAAUAGCAGAAUGUACAAAAUAGUGUUAAGAUAUCAAAUAGUGCACAGUGCAUAAAUAGUAGUCUUGAGUGAAUAUGUGCAACUAAAAAUAUCAGUUUAUGACAUAAACAAUGGAUUUUCUUUUCCGUUUUACUAUAUGUUGCUUUAAUAACUGGAAUUUUCUUGUCAAACUGUUAAAAUCAUUUUACUAAGUGUAACCCAUUGGAUUAAAUUUUAAACCUUAAAAACUAAUAAGGUCAAGAUUCAACCAAUUUUAUCCAACCAUUUUUACAUUUUCAAGUAUGAUUUAGUAUGAUUUAUUAGUUGUCUUUUUCUCAUGGGGAUCAAAAAUGUCCCCACAAGGUUAAAAAUGUCUGGUAUUAUUAUCUUUAUGGGGACAUUUGGUCCAGCCACACACAGGAGGAUUGUAAUAAGAGGUUAUCUAUUAACAUUGGUCAUUCACAGCU